AACAUGGAGUAAAUAGAAAAGUAGCAGUGAGAUAUUUGAAUGUUUUUUAGUUUACAGGCGAAUUUUAUGUAGCUAAAUGUGAUGAACCAUCGGCUGCAACAGCUAGUUAAAAGGAACAGCUAGUUUACAAUGCAUUACUCGUAGACUGUAUAUAACAAUACUAAUAUAUUGAACUUAGUGUUGUGCUAAGCGAACCGAGCUAUCUGAGCUGGCUAUUGUUAUUAUCAACACGCCGUAUAAAUACAAUAAUAAUUUAAAUAUGGAUGAAUCCACCGGAGAGGGAGCAGAUAAAUGUUAUAUCUGUCUGAGCCCCUUUGAAAAGCAGAUGAUAGCCUCUCUGGAGAACUGCCAGCAUGUCUUUUGCCUUGAUUGUUUACUCCAGUGGUCCCAGACAGCCAACACAUGUCCUGUGGAUCGGAUCAGAUUCGCCUUCAUCAACCAGAGACGGUGUCCUGGAGGGGCCAUCCAAAAGAAGAUCAAAGUGAGGUCAAAGAAAAGGGAAGAUAAUGAUGGUGAUGAAGAAGAGGGGAGCAACUCUGUUAUCUGCGAGGAAUGUGGACGCAGCGACCGCCCGCACCGGCUGUUGGUGUGCAUACACUGUGAUUCAGGGUAUCAUAUGGACUGCUUGACUCCAUCAUUAAAAACUGGCCCUGAAGGUGACUGGAUUUGUGCUGAGUGUGCGGUCACUCCCCAGCACACAGACAGCUCCAUGGUGGAGGGUGAGAUCAGUGAUGGAGAACUAACGGACAUCCUAGCUGAAGUAGAUGAAACUGCAUCUACCAGCAGUCGCCUUCGUCCCUCCACUAUAAAUCGUCCCAGCGGCUCCACUGAUCGACGACACAGUCAGAGGAUCCAGAGCAGAGCCAGCGCCAAUCCCCAUCCUCUACCCCAAGCCCCCUUGCAUGUACCUAGAUACCUGUUACGUGCAACAAUGCCUGCAGUAACAACAGUUGAAGUAGCUGCACCUCAUCACAGUGAUACCAGCAGUGCUGCUUGUCAAGUUAAAGACAUGAAAAAGAAGGAAGCGUGCUACUUGAGCUCCUGACACCAAGAGUUGUUGUUGGAGGAUGGUGUGUAUCAUCACUUCCUGACAAAGGCGACCCUGUCAUAAAUUUCCACAUGGUGGCAGCAUUGUGUUAUGAACAUGAACCUGACGAGGAUUUUUUUUUUGUGAUAUUGUCUUAUCUUUACUUUUGUUAAAAGAUAAGGCUGACAUUAUUCUAUACUUUUCUUACUGUCAAUAAACCCCAAAUAAGAAGUAGAACGGAAGAAUUUUCAAUAACACAUCUUUUGGGAAUCUUAUCAGCUUUGCAGAAAUGUCAUCACGCUGACGCCUGAACAUGAAUGUCUUUUCCAGAUUCCAGGGGGAUCCAUCUAACAGUAGUCGAGAUAUGGAUCAAUGAAUAUCUCAAUCUAUCAAUCUUUUGUGUCAAUCCAUUCAGUAGAUGUGGAGGUAUUUCAUAGAAAAGUAAAAACUCUGACCUGCUGGUGACACUGGAAUAUAAGUAAGGGAGUCCGCAAAGUCAGUAGGAUUUAUCUUCUGGGGAACAUGAAUGUAUGUACAAACUUUAAUAGCAAUCCUAUUAAAUAGUUGUUGAGAUAUGUCAGUAUGGACGACAGACCAACAUUGCCUUUCCUUUAAAUGUGAACAGAAAGUGAAUGACUUGGUUUUAAUCUAAAGCACCUUGAAAAAUCAGUGUUCAUAUUUACUUUGGUUUGUGUGGACAAAGAUGGUAGGUGGACC